AAUGAAUAUUGAUAUAAGCUGAUUUAAUCAACUAAAGUGAUGAAUAUAAAGCAGGAUUUUCAUUGCAUUUAAUCCAUCUUCUUCUAAUCUUCGACAGGAAAGAAUGCUUAAUUCGAGAAAGGACACUACUUUAUUCGGUACACCAACACCAGGAAUAACUGAUUUAAUUCCUGGUGCACCAAGUAUAGAAAUUUUAAAUAGCGUAAGCAAAAUAGUAAUGGAAGCUACUGAAAAAUUAUUAAUAAGCGAAUAUGGUCUUGGAGGGGAUAAUAGUUCUCUUCAAUACGGACCGAGGCUAGGAUCACCAAUAUUUCAUAAGAGUUUGGCCGAUUUUCUAUCUAAACUAUAUGGUGAAAAAGUAGAUAAUAACCAUAUACUUCCUACAUCUGGAGCGACGCAUGGACUACAAUUAACAGCUUCUCUAUUUUUUGAUUCGAAUAAUGUUGUAUUCGUAGAAGAUCCUACUCAUUUCUUGGCGAUGAAAAUCUUACGAGAAGAUAUUGGAAUGAAAGUAGUACCAGUGAACUGUGACGAUGAAGGUAUGAUUAUAAAAGAUCUGCAAGAAAAGUUAGAAGAUAUGGGAAAAUAUAUAAAAUGCUCGGGAAAGUCGGAUUUUAAAGGAAUGGUUUAUUUAAUACCAACUUUUCAUAAUCCUACAAGUCGUACCAUGUCAGAAACCAGAUGUAAAUCUAUGGUUGAAUUAGCAAAAAGAGAAAAUCUUUUACUCUUUUCUGACGAUGUAUACAAUUUACUCCACUAUGAUCAUACCGCAAAAAAACCUCCCUCUCGCCUAUUUACUUAUGAUAAAGAUGGAAACAACGUUAUUUCUAAUGGUACUUUUACAAAAAUUCUUUGUCCCGGUCUAAGAUUAGGAUGGAUUGAAACUUCAGAAAAUCUACUUAAAAAAUUCUACAAUAGUGGAACUAUAUCGUCAUCUGGAUCGUCUAAUCAUUAUAUGUCUUGCGUAAUAGCAAUGGCAAUAAAAAUGGGUCUUGUAUCGGAACAUAUAAAUAAAUUAAAGAAACAAUAUUCGCAAAGUUUAAAUCAAAUGUAUUCAAUAUUUAUUAAAGAGGCUCCCUUCGUAAAAAUUCAUAAACCAAAAGGAGGUUAUUUCUUCUGGAUAAGAAUGCCAGAUGAUUUUGAUGGAUUUGAAAUAGCAAAGAAAUGUAGAGAGAAUCAUAAAGUCAACGUACUACCUGGAUCAGUAUUUUCAGCAUCGGGAAAUUUUAAAAAUUAUUUAAGAGUAUCAUAUAGUCAUUAUUCAACUGAAAUUCUAUGUGAAGCAACAAAAUCGCUUUGUAAAACAUUGAAUAAUUCAUUUAAACAACAUAAAAAAACGUAAUAUCUCUUCCUACAGUACAAAACUGGUUAUUUUACUGAUUAAAAUAUUGUUUAAAUAAUAAAAAACCAGUUAUUCAUUAAAUAUACAUCUAUUUUAACUUUAUAUCAAGUUAAAUAAUCAUAAUUUUUAUUGGUAAAGACUCAUUUCAAACUGUAAAUUCACUUUCAUCAUUUGAAAUCGAUCUUGAUAAAUUUUUAUUAAUA